CAGAUCUAAUAUCUGUCUCGGUGUCUCCACUUGAACAACGCUCUUGAAUUUGAAACUUGAAGCAAAAAAUUCCACGUUCUUUGAAACUCGAAGCACCAAAUCCUCAUUCAAUUUGAAGCACCAAAUCCUCUUUCAAUUUGAAGCACCCAAACCCUCGUUGAUGGAGUUCACUGAAUCUUACAAGCAAAGUGGUCCUUGUUCUUUCUCUCCCAAUGCUCGUUUCAUAGCCGUUGCUGUCGAUUAUCGUCUCGUCAUUCGUGAUACCAUCUCUUUUAAGGUGGUGCAAUUGUUUUCAUGCUUGGACAAGAUUAGCUACAUUGAAUGGGCCCUUGAUUCCGAGUACAUUCUUUGCGGCCUCUACAAAAAGCCAAUGAUACAAGCCUGGUCCCUAAGCCAGCCAGAGUGGACAUGUAAGAUAGACGAAGGUCUUGCCGGCAUUGCGUAUGCUAGGUGGAGUCCCGAUAGUCGUCACAUACUUACCACAUCAGAUUUUCAGUUGCGGUUAACAGUUUGGUCAUUGGUGAACACGGCUUGCGUGCACCUGCAGUUGCCAAAGCAUGCUUCCAAGGGGGUUUCCUUUACGAAAGACGGAAAAUUCGCAGCAAUUUGCACGAGGCGUGAUUGCAAGGACUAUGUGAAUCUUUUGUCUUGUCACUCGUGGGAAAUAAUGGGCAUGUUUGCUGUAGAUACGCUAGACUUGGCUGAUGUUGAAUGGUCGCCGGAUGAUAGUUCUAUCGUGAUAUGGGAUUCGCCUCUUGAUUACAAGGUCCUAAUCUAUUCGCCAGACGGGAGGUGUCUUUUCAAGUAUGUAGCAUAUGAAAGUGGAUUAGGAGUUAAAAGCGUGUCCUGGUCUCCUUGUGGACAGUAUCUGGCAGUGGGUAGUUAUGACCAGAUGCUGCGAGUCCUAAAUCAUUUAACUUGGAAGAAAUUUGCAGAGUUUAUGCACCCAUAUGCUGUCCGUGGCCCUUGUCAUGCUGCUGUUUUCAAGGAAGUAGAUGAGCCUCUGCAACUGGAUAUGUCCGAACUAUGUUUGAGUGAUGAUUUUUCUCAAGGAAACGAUGAAUCUUCAGAACGAGCUAAUACAGUCAGGUACGAGGUUAUGGAAGUUCCGAUCAAUUUACCAUACCAGAAGCCUCUUGCUGAGAAACCUAAUCCCAAACAAGGAGUUGGCAUUUUGUCAUGGAGCAAUGAUAGCCAAUAUAUAUGCACUCGCAAUGACAGUAUGCCUACAGUGCUUUGGGUAUGGAAUAUCCGACAACUUGAGCUUACUGCAAUCUUAGUGCAGAAGGACCCUAUCAGAGUGGCAGCUUGGGACCCGACAUACACUCGCCUUGUUUUUUGCACCGGAAGCACGCACUUGUACAUGUGGACCCCGUCUGGUGCAUUUUGUGUUCGCGUUCCACUACCACAAUUUUCAAUUACGGACCUGAAGUGGAAUUCUGAUGGUAGUUGUCUGCUCCUUAAGGAUAAGGAGACAUUCUGCUGUGCUGUUGUACCCUUAUUGCCAGAAUCUAGUGAAUACAGCUCAGAUGAAUGAUGCUUACAAGCGAGGAAGACAAAAUUAUGCCGGAUACAUAUAGUUGUCCAUAAUGUCGAGCACAGAAAAAGAGGUUUACUCUAUAUGAUGUUAAUGCUGGAUGAGCUAUCGGUGGUGGAGGGUUGCCUUCUAUUAGAGUUGUUAUUGGACUUGUAGCUGGCUUAGGUGCUGUUGGAGCUUUGCUUGUUUUUGGUCUUCAGUGAGGAUAUUAUUGUACAUUUUAGUGCAAACUGAAGCUUGUAUCUUAGAAACUCAUUCACUGUAUAUAUGCAAGUUGAAGUUUUAUAUAUGAGAUUGAGCUUGUUCUGCAAAAUGAAUUUCAAUCCAUUAACAAUUUGCAGUGCUAAAUGUGAUGAUCAUAUUUACUUGAUAGCAUUGUCCAUUGAA